UAACGUUAUCGUUCACCUACUGGCAGAUGUUUGUGAUCCUUACUGGAGGAACAUGUCGUAUCCACCAGGAGUCGUGAUGGCAGCAAAAUAUACAGAGGAAAUUGUAUUGCGUAAAAGUAAAGGUCACUUUUGGUGCAGAUGCAUACUUAGCUGCACCAUGUGUCUGCUGCUUGUUGCACUUGGUGUACAUGUUUUAAUGAUUUGGUAUUGUGAUGCAUUUUCAAAUCUGCCGAAAGAAGCGUUUUUCGUUACUACUGCGGAGAAUUAUGAAUAUGGUGGGGAAAAUUUGCUCGAGGAAAAAUUCAGUGCGAAUUUAUUGGUCCAGUCGAAGAGUUAUUGCUCCAUCGAAAGCUGCGGUACUGUUACCUGUAAUUCCGUACCGGGUAAUAUGGAUGCUGGACAAAUUGCAGGAAAUUUUAUCGAUACGGUUUACAAAAAAAUGUGUGCGAAUUCCAACACGGUGCUGAGAUUGAAAUUUGUUAACAGCACAUUUCCGGAAAAUAAAUUAUGCGAAUCAUGGUUAAAAAUUGACGUGAAACUGAGUGAAUUGACCUUUGAAAAUUGUCGAUUGAUCGAAAUCCAUGAAAAUGCAUUUUCGAAAAAUAUAUUCAAAGAUUUAACUAGUCUGUCCAUCACGAGAAAUAAUAUUGAGUCAUUUAAAAAAUUGAUUUUCCGCAAUUUCUCUAAUCUGCAGUCACUAUCGAUUCGUGAAAAUCGUAUAAUUCAAGUCGAUCCGAAUUUACUGAAAUACGUUGGAAAGACUUUGCAAAGUCUCCAGCUGGAUCAAUCGAUAUACGACGUGAAUGUCCUGUACAAUCUGACAGGAAAGACGUCCCUGCCAAAAUUGCAAAUAUUAUCAAUAAGGGACAAUUCAAUUCGCAAAAUAUCAUCAGUCACAUUUCAGGGUAUACCGAACGUAAAAUCGUUAUACAUGGAUCGAUCGGAAAUUCAAAAAAUCGAUGAAAGUUCAUUCAUCCCAUUCGCCAAGUCGAUACGACAGAUAAAUCUGAACAACAACAAGAUCACAACACUGUCCAAAUUACUUUUAAGCAGCAUACUAAACUCCAAUAAGCAAUUCAAAUUAACAAUCCACGAAAAUCCUUGGAAUUGCGACUGCGAGCUUGAAUGGAUGAAAAGUUUGAUCAAGGAUCAUCCAAAUAUUUUCCAAGCAAUACCAAACUGUCAAACCCCGUUAUAUAACACUGAUAAGUCAUUCGUCGACGCCACAUUUUGCGAAAUCUCAACGAGUCAAGUUCCAAUAGUCACACCGGAAACAACCAAAGAUUCGUCAACGGCAUUUCCACAAGAUGGCACAACGCUUUCUCAACUUCCGUUAAACGUAACAACGGCAAAUCCAACCACCGAAAUACGCGGAGAUCCAAAUACGGUGAAAUUGAUUUGCCAAGAUUUGUCCGACUGGCGAAAGAAUUCGCGAAUAUUAUUAUCCACGGUGGAUUACGAAUUUGAAUCGAGGUAUCCAGAAUUUUCGAUCGAAGAAAUGGACGACUAUACAGUGUUAAUAAAUUUGACGUCGGCCGACGCAACGUUCACGCUUAUCUGGUACAAGAGCAAAACGACGUAUACGAACGAGUCGUUAACGGAAUUUGUGAAAUGUGUCAAAAACAUUAAAAGCUCCUAUAUCGUAUCGGAUCUUCAGCCAGGGAGCUCUUACGUGAUAUGUCUUAUGGUAAAAGACGAAAGAAAUCCAUCGCCAUUCAAUUGUUUACCUCUUAUGACAAAACCCACUUACGAAUCAAGAGUCUGGCUCACCAAUCGCCACAAAGUCACGGCGAUCCUUCUGUUAUCGGCGCUCGUGAUAUCUUUCUGCAUCUUAGGUGCGCUCUUGUCUUUUUUCGUUAUCAGGAGAAAUCCAGCUCUCCUACGCGGCAGCAAACGCGUCAUGGUGGUCAGACACAGAACAGCCGACGCGAUCGUACUUCCGGAAGGGGUACAGAUCAGUUCACGUAGGAAUGGCAAGACUUUGAAAGUUUCGAACGAAUCCGAAACAUUCCAUACCACCGGGUAUAUCACCCCCAUUGGAAAACGGAGACCUUUGAUCAGAAAGGAUUCCAAUACUUCCGGUGUCAGUUCUCACAGCAGUGGUACCAGUUACGUUUCCGGUAUCGAACCUACCGUGGGACAACUGAUGUCCUGGAGGAUCGGAAGGAUCAAGAAUAAAAUCAGCUUAAAGGAAGUCCAGGUGCCACCGCCGCUUCCGCCUCAUCCGCAGCACGGCUUGAUACCGUCAUUGUCGCUGAAUGUGGACUCGGCCAGAGACGAAGAAUGGAAUCAGGAAAAUUGACGAUAAAUAAAAAAUAUAUAAAUCAUUGAAUUUUUCGCUGAUCUUACAACAAUUCGGAUAUACAUUAGUGAACUUUAAUUUUGAUAAAUUAUACGAAAACGGAAAUGAUGCUGUGAUAUUAGAGUAAUUUGAAUUUUUGAAUUUCCUCUUUUUUUUCGAAAAUUAAACAAUGUAUGUGUUCGAUGAA